AUGCAAUAUACAUAUAUUUUUUCCCUCUUUAUUACUUUGGCAAUUAUUCAAACGAUAUUCUCAUUUGAAAUCAUCAACGAUGAACAAAACGAAGAUAAAUCCGAUGAAACUCGACAAAUUUCGUCAUCAUCAUCGUCAUUAAAAAAACAAGAAAAUAUGCCUGAAUGUUUAUCUAAAAGUCAAUUUUUAAAUAUGUUAAAUCGAGAUCGACGAGCAUCAAUAUCUCGUCCCUAUUUUCAACAUCGACGGCCAUCUCGUGAUAAUAAUCGUUAUCCAACUAAAAAUUCAUUAGCAUUUUCUCCUCGUUUAGGUAAACGAGCAUAUGAAGACGAAAAUGAAUUUGCAACUCGAUCAGUUGAUCUUGAUACAUUUCUUGUAACACUUGUUGGUCAUUUACAAGGAAAAAAAAUUGAUAUUGUUUAUGAAGAUUCAACAAAAAUUUGUUUAUCCCAAUCAAUUAGUGAUACACUUAUACAACAAGUCCUUGACAAAUUUGAUACAAAUCGACGUAAUCAAGAUAUACAGGAAAAAGAAGAAAUACGUACACGACAACAAUCAGCAAAACAUCCAGUUUUAUUUCGUUAUCGUCUUGUUGCUAUUGCUCGAGCUUUAAUCCGUAAUCCAAAAAUUCUUCUUCUUGAUAAGGCAACAUUAGCAUUAGAUAAUAAAAGCGAAAAAGCUGUUCAAUCAACAUUAGAUCAAGCACGCGUAGGUCGAACAUGCUUAACAAUUGCUCAUCGUUUAUCAACAAUUCAAAAUUCUGAAAAAAUUGCUGUUAUUAAAUAUUAUUUUUGGGUACCCCAUGAAGAACUAUUGGCAAAGGGAGGAUUUUAUACACAGCUUGCAGUAUCACAACUGGCUGUUGGUCAUCGCUGA